UUUCAGUUAUAUAUAUGUGUCCACUUGCAUAAACAUCACUGUCUGUACAUUGUAUUAGAAUAAGUAAAUUAAAAACUAAAAACAAUUUUAAUUUCAUUUAAAUGAAAUAAAAAUUCAUGUGUUGAUGAUUGCUAAUAAUUUCUUGAUGAGAUGAUGAGUAUCCUUUACACCCUCCUCUGCGUUAUAGUAGCGGCGAUUCUGCUUAUUUUCGGCCUCGUUUCAGCUCUGUUUCUCAAGAUAUUCGUCGGAAAAUCCGUAAAAAGUUCAAAAUACCCUCCCGUUGUAGGUACCGUCUUCGAUCAGCUCUUCUACUUCAACAGGCUCUAUGACUACCAAACGGAUAAAGCCAGAAAACAUAAAACAUUCAGGCUUCUAGCUCCGGAUGAAAGCGAAUUAUACACCACCGAACCGAGAAAUAUCGAGUAUUUUCUCAAAACCAACUUCAAUAACUACUCAAAGGGUCAACGGAAUCAAGAAAUUUGGACGGAGUUGUUCGGACAGGGAAUCUUUGUAGUAGAUGGCGACAGGUGGCGACAGCAGAGAAAACUCGCGAGCUUCGAGUUUUCGACGAGAGUUGUUAGAGAUUUCAGCUGCUCUGUUUUUAGGAAAAAUGCAGCUGAAUUAGUCCGCACAAUCUACGAAUUCUCUAAGCAAAACCAAGUUUUCGAUGUGCAGGCUUUGUUGUUGAGAUGCACUUUGGAUUCAAUAUUCAAAGUUGGUUUUGGAGUUGACUUAAAUUGCUUAAAAGGGUCAAACCAAGAUGGGAACGAUUUCAUAAAGGCGUUCGACGAUUCGAACGAAUUAUGUUAUUGGCGUUACGCAGAUCCGUUAUGGAAGAUUAAGCGAUAUUUCAAUAUCGGCGGAGAAGCAAUUUUAAAGAAAAACAUAAAAUUCAUACACAACUUCGUCGAUAAUGUGAUCUCAACCAAGAGACAACAAAUCGAAAAUGAACAACAUUGUAAUGAGAAAAAAGACAUAUUAUCGAGGUUUCUGAUGGAGAGCGAGAAGGAUCCGGAAACAAUGACCGAUAAAUACUUGAGGGACAUAAUUUUGAGCUUUAUGAUUGCUGGAAAAGACACUACUGCAAACACUCUUUCUUGGUUUAUUUAUAGCCUUUGCAAGAAUCCACUAAUACAAGAAAAAGUCGUGCAAGAAGUCGAAAAAAUCAUUAAUUCUUCAGAAAAUAAUAUUAAAGACAGUGUCGAUGAUUUCGUCGAAAGAAUUACAGACGAAGCAAUUGACGACAUGCAUUACCUUCAUGCAACCUUGUCCGAAACCUUGAGGCUCUACCCUGCCGUACCAGUGGAUGGGAGAUGUGCUGAAACAGAUGAUAUUUUACCUGAUGGAUAUAAACUGAAGAGGGGCGAUUGUAUAUACUACACGGUGUACGCGAUGGGUCGAAUGACUUACAUUUGGGGCGACGAUGCCGAAGAAUUCCGACCAGAGAGAUGGAUUAGUAACGGUGUUUUUCAACCCGAGUCGCCUUUCAAAUUUGUUGCAUUUAAUGUAACUGGGCCGCGAACUUGUUUGGGGAAAGAUUUUGCUUAUAGACCAAUGAAGAUUGUGGCAGCAGCUCUUGUGCACUACUUUAAGUUCAAAUUGAGUGAUGAGAAGAAGAAGGUGACUUACAGAACUAUGCUUACACUACAUAUCAAUGGAGGCCUUAGUAUUCAUGCAGUUCCCACAACAUAGUUGUU